GCGGCAGGUGAAAGGUCAUCAUGUGACGUAACCUCUGUUUCGCUAACGUGCAGCUAGCGCAGGACGCUGUAGCCACGGCGGAGUUGUGAUUUAUUAUGACGUUUUAUUUACAGUCUCAGCGUUACGCGGUGUCAUAACAUAACAUUUGGCUCUGAGUGCUGGUGCUUCGUCUGAGAAAUAACACCUGUAUUCAACUUCUCGCUGUGUAGCGGCUGAUGUUAGAGACACAGUACAAAAACAGCCUGAAUCUCUUCCCUGAUGGCCGGACCUCUCCACUAGAGGGAAAUGUAGAGCCAAGAUGGAGCCCUGUCAGAGGUGGAUUGAUUUAUGAGCUCUGUAAAGUUCCCUCAGCGAGGACUCCCCUCUCUCAGCGGAAUAUGAUUCUCUUUUCUGAAGACAUUUGGACUUAAUCAAAAAUGCUGCAUGUCAGUGUUGAGUCCGCCAGUGGCAUCCCAAAAAAGAAACUUGGAGAGCCUGAUCCAGUAGCAGCAGUUGUAUUUAGAGGUGAAAAGAAGAAAACCAAAGUAAUUGACAAUGAACUGAAUCCUGUUUGGAACGAAGUGUUUGAAUUUGAUCUGAAAGGCUCUCCCUUGGAUGCAUCUUCAUUCAUCAAUGUGGUUGUCAAAGACUAUGAAACAAUCGGCAAAGACAAGUUCAUUGGCUCUACAAAAAUCUCUCUACGAGAUUUGUCCAGUGGUCAGCUGAAGUCCCUCUCAUCCAGGAAUGUGCCCUUGCUCAAUGAGAAACAACAGUCAAUAGGGGCAACCAUUAAUUUGCUCAUAAGGUAUGACCCACCUCACAACGCGACACCAGACCUAAAUGAACAGCCUGAUGGAGACAUGUCUCAUGUGGAUGGUGGAGGUGGUGAAGAGGGGGAUGAGGGGGAGACGGACGUGGAGGGAGGAGCUGAGAUUGGAGGCCCAGGAGAUCAAACAUCACCAAACCAGCCUGGGAAACCCAAGCUAGUCCGUCUCAAGCGUAAGAAGCAUAGAGCGUUGGCUAAUAAGCCUCAGGACUUCCAGAUUCGUGUUCGGGUAAUCCAGGGUCGACAGCUGCCAGGCAACAACAUUAAGCCAGUGGUUAAGGUGACAGUAUGCGGACAGACCCACAGGACCAGAAUCAGAAGAGGAAAUAACCCAUUUUUCGAUGAGAUGUUCUUCUACAAUGUCAACAUGCUCCCUUCAGAACUGUUUGACGAGAGCGUUAGUCUUCGGGUUUAUGACUCCUUCUCCCUCAGAGCUGACAGUCUAAUGGGAGAGUUCAAGCUGGAUGUUGGUUACAUCUAUGAUGAAUCAGGCCAUGCCAUAUUGUCGAAGUGGCUCCUCCUGAGUGAUCCUGAUGACUCUAGCUCCGGGCCCAGAGGUUAUCUGAAAGUCAGCAUAAUCGUUGUGGGCACUGGAGAUGAGCCACCGAUUCAGAGGAGGGAGACGAGUGAUGAGCAGGACGACAUAGAAAGCAAUCUUUUGGUGCCGGCCGGUGUCACGAUGCGAUGGGCUACUCUCAGCCUGAAAGUCUACCGUGCUGAGGAUAUGCCACAGAUGGAUGAUGCUUUUAUCCAGACGUUAAAACAAGUCUUUGGAGGAGAUGGAGACAGGAAAAACUUGGUGGAUCCAUAUUUGGAAGUCAGCUUUGCUGGCAAGAAGCUGUGCACCAAGAUCGUUGAGAAAAAUGCAAAUCCGGAGUGGAAUCAACUCAUCAAUCUCCAAGUCAAGUUCCCUUCCAUGUGUGAACAUGUGAAGUUGACUAUGUUUGACUGGGAUCGUAUGACCAAGGAUGAUGCCAUAGGAACAACAUUUUUAAAUCUGAGCCAAAUGUCUUCCUCUGGUGGAGAGGUUGAAGACACACAGGCUGAUUGCAUCACAGUGUCUGACUCGAGCACCACAGAAUCUGAGUUCGGUUUCCUCCCAGCCUUUGGGCCUUGCUAUGUAAACCUGUAUGGUAGCCCAAGAGAGUUUACUGGUCUUCCUGAUCCAUACGAGGAACUCAACUUUGGAAAGGGUGAAGGGGUCGCCUACAGGGGGAGGGUACUUGUUGAGCUGUCCACUCAGCUGGAUGGAAAGGUUGAUAAAAAUGUGGAUGACAUUUCCAGUGAUGACAUCCUGGUGGCACAGAAAUACCAGCGGAGGAGGAAGUACUCUCUGUGCGCUGUGUUCCACAGUGCAUGCAUGCUGCAAGAGCCGGGGGAGCCUAUCCAGUUCGAGGUCAGCAUUGGUAACUAUGGUAACAAGCUGGACUCCACCUGCAAGCCCCUGUCGUCCACCACCCAGUACAGCUAUGCUGUGUUCGAUGGUAAUCACUACUAUUACCUGCCCUGGGCUGACACCAAGCCUGUAGUGGUUCUCACUUCAUACUGGGAAGACAUCAGCCACCGUCUGGACUCUGUCAACCUUCUCCUCUUCAUCGCUGAGAGACUGGAGUCUCACCUCACCUCUUUAAAAACAGCCAUAUUAGCCAAGAUGCCUGAGACACGUCUGGCAGAGAUUUGGCUUAAACUCAUCAGCCACAUGUUGGAGGACCUGAACAGCUUCCAGCUUCCAGUGCUGGACACCCAGCCCAAUGUGACCAUGCUAGAUCUCCAGUUGAAAAAACUUCGUGAUGCAGCUGUGAGUGCUAUCGGAGAGAUGGCUGAUCGCAUGAGACAGGACGCCACAGAUGUCAAGGCUACUAUUGGUGAAAUUGAGGACUGGUUGGAGAGAAUCAAGCAGCUGGCAGAGGAGCCUCAGAACAGCAUGCCAGAUGUGAUCAUCUGGAUGUUAAGAGGAGAGAAGCGAGUCGCUUAUGCUCGAGUCCCAGCGCACCAGGUCAUGUUCUCCAACUUCAGCGAACAGGCGCGUGGCAAAUACUGUGGACGGACCCAGACCAUUUUCAUGCAGUACCCCAUGGACAAAAACAAAGGUGUGAAGGUUCCUGUUCAGCUGCGGGUCAACAUGUGGCUCGGCCUCUCUGCCCAUGAGAAAAAGUUCAACAGCUUCUCAGAGGGGAACUUCACCGUGUAUGCUGAAAUGUAUGAGAACCAGGCCCUUUUAGGGAAGUGGGGAACUGCUGGCCUAAAAUUUGGUCGCCAUAAAUUCUCAGAUGUGACUGGAAAAGUGAAACUUAAACGAGAACGCUUUCUGCCACCACGUGGGUGGGAUUGGGAGGAGGACUGGUUCAUUGACCCUGAGCGAUGCCUGUUGACAGAAGCAGAUGCCGGCCACACAGAGUUCACAGAUGAAGUUUUCCAGAAUGAAACACGUUUCCCUGGUGGGGAGUGGAAGCCCGCUGCAGAACCCUACACAGACGUGAAUGGAGAAAAGGUUCAAAACCCAGCAGAGUUUGAGUGUCCAUCGGGAUGGGCGUGGGAGGACGAGUGGAGCUUCGACAGCAACAAGGCUGUAGAUGAGAAAGGUUGGGAAUACGGAUUGACCAUUCCUCCCGAUGAUAAGCCCAAAUUCUGGGUUGCAGCAGAGAAAAUGUAUCAUGUCCAUCGCAGGAAGAGACUCAUCAGACCACGGAAGAAGAUAUCUGAUAAAAAGGCUGUCAUUGAGAGGCAGGAAUCAGGGGAAGGCUGGGAAUACUCUUCCCUGAUUGGCUGGAAGUUCCACAGAGAGCAGCGCUCCUCUGACACGUUCCGCCGCCGCCGCUGGAGGAGAAAGAUGGUCCCAUCAGACUGUAUCGGGUCCUCCGCCAUCUUCAGGCUGGAAGGGGCAUUAGGGGUUGAUGUUGACGAGAAGGCCAGUAAAACGGAUGCGCCCAAACUAUUUGGCGCCAACACACCCACUGUUUCCUGCCACUUUAGCCAGCCUUACCAUUACCACCUGAGGGUGUACGUGUAUCAGGCGAGGAAUCUCUGUGCCAUGGACAAAAACAGCUUCUCAGAUCCAUACGCCCAUGUGUCAUUCCUACAUGUGAGUAAGACCACAGAAAUCAUAGGGUCAACUGUUAACCCCACAUGGGACCAGACUCUCAUCUUUGAGGACAUUGAAAUCUACGGAGACCCGCAAACUAUUGCCCACAACCCUCCUGAUGUGCUGUUGGAGCUGUGCGACAGUGAUCAAGUAGGUAAAGAUGAACCCAUGGGACGCUGUACAUGCACUCCGGUCGUGAAACUAAACCCCAGUGUGGCUGUCACCCCGAAGCUGCUGUGGUACCCGGUCACCAAAAAAGGUCGCAGUGCUGGGGAGAUACUGCUGGCUGCAGAGCUCCUACUGAAGAAAAAGGGGAAUGACGGAGAUAUGCCUCUGGUGCCUCCUCGCCGGGGGGAUAGGCUCUACAUGGUUCCCCAGGGAAUCAGGCCAGUAGUGCAGCUCACUGCAAUCGAGGUCUUGACUUGGGGCUUGAGGAACAUGAAGACCUACCAGUUGGCCACAGUUUCCUCUCCCAGUUUGAUCGUGGAGUGUGGUGGCGAGAUCAUUCAAACCGCUGUGAUAAAGAACUUCAAGAAGAACCCCAACUUCCCCGGGUCUGUGCUGCUGCUUGAAGUGCCUCUUCCCAAAGAGGAGAUGUACACCCCUCCCAUUGUGCUGAAGGUUAUCGACCAUCGACCGUUCGGUAGGAAACCUGUCGUGGGUCAGUGUACCAUCGAUUGUCUGGAGGAGUUCCGCUGUGAUCCCUAUCGCAUUAACAGUGAAGUCUGCAUGUCUGCAAGAGUGGCAAUGAUCGCUGCUGCCCAGGGAGAUGUUGUCAUAAACAUUGAGGAGAGACCCAUUGUGAAGGCUGAGCUUCAAGCAGAAAUGGUGGAGGAAGCGGUAGACUGGUGGAGUAAGUUUUAUGCCUCUGUUGGAGAGCAGGAAAAGUGUGGGCCUUACCUCAAAAAGGGAUACGACACAUUACAGGUGUAUAAAAGUGAUUUGGAAGAUUUGGAAGAGCUUCCACAGUUUCAAGGAUUCACUGAUUUCUGCAGCACUUUUAAACUUCAGCGAGGGAAGGAUGAAGAUGAGGAAGAUGACCCCUCUGUGGUGGGAGAGUUUAAGGGCUCAUUCAAGAUUUACCCACUGCCCGAUGACCCUGGGGUGCCAGCGCCACCCCGUCAGUUCAGACAGCUUCCUGAGAGCGGACCUCAGGAGUGUCUGGUCAGAAUUUAUGUGGUGCGCGGUCUUGACCUGCAGCCUAAGGAUACAAAUGGCUUGUGUGACCCAUACAUUAAGAUUACACUGGGAAAGAAAACACUGGAUGACAGAGAACACUACAAACCAAACACUCUGAAUCCAGAGUUUGGGAGGAUGUUUGAGCUGUCCUGCUUCCUGCCUCAAGACAAGGACCUGAAGAUUGCUGUGUAUGACCAUGACACGCUCAGCAGAGAUGAAAAAGUGGGUGAGACAGUCAUUGACUUGGAGAACAGACUCCUGUCUCGUUUCAGGCCCUGCUGUGGCCUGCCACAGACUUACUGUGUCUCAGGGAUCAACCAGUGGAGAGAUCAGCUGAAGCCGUGUCAGAUCCUUCAGAACGUUGCCAAAGUGAGAGGUGUCCCGCCUCCGCGCAUCGAGGGAGACGGCAGCUCACUGACCUUCUUAGGAAAACAAUACAACCUGCAAGAUUUUGAGGCAAACACUGUGAUCCAACCACACUUGGGCCCGGCCGGAGAGAGGCUGGCCCUGCAUGUCCUAAGGGACCAGGGCCUGGUACCAGAGCAUGUAGAGACCAGAACCCUGUACAGCUCCCACCAACCUAACCUGUCUCAGGGACACAUUCAAAUGUGGGUGGACAUUUUCCCCAAGAGUCUUGGUUUGCCAGGGCCUCCAUGUGACAUCACUCCACGCAAAGCCAAGAAGUACACCUUACGAGCCAUCGUUUGGAACACAACUGACGUCAUUCUGGAUGAAACAAGCAUCACUGGAGAAAACAUGAGUGAUAUCUACGUUAAAGGAUGGAUGCCAGGUAUGGAGGACAGCAAGCAGAAGACUGAUGUCCACUACCGAUCACUGGAUGGUGACGGAAAUUUCAACUGGAGGUUCAUCUUUGACUUUGACUACCUGCCUGCAGAACAGCUGUGUGUUGUCUCGAGGAAAGAACACAUCUGGAAUCUGGACAAAACUGAAUUUAGGAUUCCUCCUAAACUGAUCAUCCAGAUUUGGGACAAUGACAAAUUCUCCUUGGAUGACUACUUAGGUUCAGUGGAGUUGGACCUACUCAAUCUGAUCUCUCCUGCAAAGAGCCCAGAAAAGUGCAGCCUGAAGAUGCUACCAGGGAUGCCGGGCUCAGCCUCCUCCAAAAAGCCACUUCCCAACUCACUCUUCUCCCAGAAGUCUGUCCGAGGCUGGUGGCCAUGCGCGAUCGAGCAGGAUGGGAAACACGUGCUUGGUGGAAAAGUAGAGAUGACACUGGAAAUAGUGGAGGAGAAAGAGCUCGAGGAGAGACCUGCUGGGAAAGGCAGAGAUGAGCCAAACAUGAAUCCCAGACUGGAACCACCCAACCGCCCUGACACGUCAUUCUUCUGGUUUACAAGCCCUUGCAAGACCAUGAGGUUCAUUGUUUGGCGCAGAUUCAAAUGGUUUUUCCUUGCAGCGAUUCUUCUUCUGCUGGUUCUCUUGUUCCUUGGGAUCCUGUUCUACUCAUUGCCAAACUACAUCUCAAUGAAGAUUGUGAAGCCUUUCUCUUAAGGGGCAUUGUGGAUAAGCUGCUGGUCUACCUGCUGCAGAAUCUACAGUGAUCUUCACUGUUACAGUCCCUCACAAAUAUGUAAUAGCUUCUCUGCUGAUGCCAUAGCAGACUGAUAUUCAGCAUUCAGUUCAUACAUAAUCAGGAAAUAUCUGCUUUCAUGUUUGCACUACCAGUAUUGCUAAAAGUAUAUUUUUGUGCUGCAAAUAAUCUAUCUUAUGUUAAAAUUUAGAAGAAGAAAAAAAUCAAGUGUCAAGAAUGAUAUAUUUUAAUAAACUUUGUUAAAAACAAAUUGUUCAUAUCUU